AGCAGAGGGGAAAGAGAAACUGGGAGAGGGAGGAAGGGAGAAAGUGAGAAGGGAAAUCGGAAAGAGAAAGGGGAGGAAACGGCAGACGUGGAGAGCCAGAGAGAGAAAGAGGAAGAGACUGAGUGUGAAGGAGAGAGGACACGGGAUGACAGAGAGAGAGAGAGCGAAUGAGACAGAGACUUAAGGAAGAGACCCUGUGAGUCUGGCAAUAAAAGAUUUGGACAGAAACAGAAAGAUUGGAGAGAGAGAGAGAGGGAGAGAAUGAGUGAGAGAGAGACUGGAAGAGACAGAGAUCAGAGAGACAUACAGAAAGUGAGACUGGGGAGAGAGAUAGUGUAAAAGGAAGAGAGAGAGAGAGAGACCGUACGAGACAGGAGACAAAGAGACAGAAAGUGUGAGUGAGCAGGUGAGGAGAGAGAUUGAGAACUAUGAGAGACAGCAGCUAAGAGACAAAGGAGGCAGGAGACUGCCUGGGUGCCACAGCACCCACACCGUCCUCUUGCCCCCGUCACUGGGACCCCAGAGCUGGCCCUUGAUGGAGGGGAGCCGACCUCGCAGCAGCCUUAGCCUGGCCAGCAGCGCCUCCACCAUCUCCUCACUCAGCAGCCUGAGCCCCAAGAAGCCCACCCGGGCAGUAAACAAGGUCCACGCCUUUGGGAAGCGAGGCAAUGCGCUCAGGAGGGAUCCCAACCUUCCCGUGCACAUCCGGGGCUGGCUUCAUAAGCAGGACAGCUCGGGGCUCCGUCUCUGGAAACGCCGCUGGUUCGUCCUCUCCGGCCAUUGCCUCUUUUAUUACAAGGACAGCCGCGAGGAGAGUGUCCUGGGCAGCGUCCUGCUCCCCAGCUACAAUAUUAGGCCAGAUGGGCCGGGAGCCCCCCGAGGGCGGCGCUUCACUUUCACUGCAGAGCACCCGGGCAUGAGGACCUACGUUUUGGCCGCUGACACCUUAGAAGACCUGCGGGGCUGGCUACGGGCGCUGGGCCGGGCCUCCCGUGCGGAGGGGGACGACUAUGGGCAACCCAGGUCACCCGCACGACCCCAGCCCGGGGAGGGCCCUGGCGGCCCCGGUGGUCCCCCGGAGGUGAGCAGAGGGGAAGAGGGGCGCAUCUCAGAAUCACCGGAAGUGGCUCGACUCUCCAGAGGUCGUGGUAGACCCAGGCUGCUCACUCCCAGCCCCACAACCGACCUCCAGUCUGGACUCCAGAUCCGGAGGGCGAGGAGCCCCGACCUGUUCACCCCCCUCUCUCGCCCUCCCUCGCCUCUGAGCCUCCCCCGUCCCCGUUCUGCCCCUGCGCGGCGACCCCCUGCCCCCUCAGGAGACACAGCACCCCCUGCCCGACCUCACACCCCGCUGAGUCGCAUUGAUGUCCGACCUCCUCUGGAUUGGGGCCCCCAGCGCCAGACCCUCUCCCGACCCCCCACUCCCCGCCGAGGACCUCCCUCUGAGGCUGGGGGAGGAAAGCCCCCCAGGAGUCCCCAGCACUGGAGUCAGGAGCCCAGAACACAGGCACCCUCUGGCUCCUCCACUUAUCUCCAGCUCCCCCCGCGGCCCCCUGGGACCCGGGCCUCCAUGGUUUUAUUGCCCGGUCCUCCCCUGGAGUCAACUUUCCACCAAAGCUUGGAGACAGAUACGCUGCUGACCAAGUUGUGCGGGCAGGACCGGCUUCUGCGGAGGCUGCAGGAGGAGAUAGACCAGAGGCAGGAGGAGAAGGAGCAACUAGAAGCAGCUCUGGAGUUGACCCGGCAACAGCUGGGCCAAGCCACCAGGGAGGCUGGGGCUCCUGGGAGGGCCUGGGGUCGCCAGCGCCUCCUGCAGGACCGGCUGGUCAGUGUGAGGGCCACCCUCUGUCACUUGACUCAGGAGCGAGAAAGGGUUUGGGACACGUACAGUGGCCUGGAGCAGGAGCUGGGCACCUUAAGAGAGACGCUGGAGUACCUGCUGCACCUUGGUUCUCCCCAGGACAGAGUGUCUGCUCAGCAGCAGCUGUGGAUGGUGGAAGACACGCUGGCAGGUCUGGGUGGCCCCCAGAAACCGCCCCCACACACUGAGCCUGACUCCCCAUCUCCCGUGCUCCAGGGCGAGGAGUCCUCAGAGAGGGAGAGCCUACCAGAGUCCUUGGAACUGAGCUCCCCUAGGUCCCCCGAGACUGACUGGGGGCGGCCUCCUGGAGGUGACAAAGACCUCACCAGCCCUCGCUUAGGUCUUGGGUCUCCGAAGGUCUCCCGGGCUUCCAGCCCUGAGGGUCGCCACCUCCCUUCCCCACAGCUGGGAACCAAGGCCCCAGUGGCCCGGCCCCGGAUGAGUGCUCAGGAGCAGCUGGAGCGGAUGCGCAGAAACCAGGAAUGUGGACGGCCCCUCCCUCGCCCGACCUCCCCCCGGCUCCUCACCCUGGGAAGGACACUGUCCCCAGCCAGACGCCAGCCUGACAUGGAGCAAAGGCCUGUCGUAGGACACUCGGGAGCCCAGAAAUGGCUCAGAAGCUCUGGGUCCUGGAGUAGUCCAAGGAACACCACCCCUUACUUGCCGACUUCCGAAGGUCACCGGGAGCGGGUUCUCAGCCUCUCCCAAGCCCUGGCUACUGAGGCGUCGCAGUGGCACAGAAUGAUGACAGGUGGAAAUUUGGACUCCCAGGGAGACCAACUUCCCGGUGUGCCGCUGCCUCCUUCGGACCCCACGCGCCAGGAGACCCCUCCCCCCAGGUCUCCCCCGGUGGCUAAUUCGGGUUCCACGGGGUUCUCUCGCCGAGGGAGUGGGCGUGGAGGAGGUCCCGCCCCCUGGGGGCCCGCGUGGGAUGCCGGGAUCGCCCCUCCGGUCCUGCCACAAGACGAGGGGGCGUGGCCUCUGCGAGUCACUCUGCUACAGUCCAGCUUCUAACCCGCCCAAACGCGGCAGCCAAUCGCAGCGCGAGGACGUGGUCUGGAGGUACCGCCGGAGAUCUGGGACCACUCAGGGCAUCAGGGGGCGUGGUCUGGUCCCCACUGCCGGCCCGGGAGGGGAAUGGUUUCUAUGGCCAAGGUUUGGUUUUCUCAACACUGUCUAAAUUUGGAUUAAAACUUUGAACUUUUA